AUGGCUAGCAGCGACGAUGGUACCGUAGCACUAUUGGCGAAUCUCGUCGAGGUCAUCAGUGGCUUGCAAGCUACGAGAUAUACGAGUGCAGCAGCCGCAGCCAUCUACGUUUACAAUAUUUUUCUCACUCUGGAUCAAGAGAUUGAAUACUUCUGGAAAGGGUUCAAGUUUACCCUUCCAAACCUUCUCUACAUAUGUAACCGGUACCUUUGCCUCGGGUUCUUUCUACUUGCCACUCACGACUUGGCAGGGUUCCACGAUGAUUUCGAUGAUAACUAUUGUCGCCAGUACCACGGAUCGAUAGGAUUCAUUUUUGCACACCUCAGCUGGACGUUGAUUUUAAGCUUGCGGGUAGUGGCCCUCUGGAAGUCACAUAAGCAUGUAGUCAGACUCGUGUGGGCAAUUUGGGCCUGUACGAUGACCGCCAUCACCGUUAUUGUUUGCGUUUCGUCCUGGCAAAUGGCUGCCAUUACGGUUUAUAAUCCAUACAUAAAGAUGUGUGCCUCUCCUGCGAUACCAAAGCUCUUGGCCGCGUCUCCUAUUGCGCCUACUCUUUAUGAAUUAUUCCUCACAAUACUUACUGUUAUCAAAUCUUACAACUUUGUCAAAGCUUCACAGUCGAAGGCACCUCCCCUGCUGUUCGUCCUCAUGAGAGAUGGUGUCUCUUACUUCGUAGUUUCCACUACGAUAGCAUUUGGGAACAUGAUUUCUUGGUUCCUCUUACCGAGUGCCCUGUUCUCGAUCUUUAUUUACCUCUACUGGGCUCUGGUCUCUACAGUCAUAUCCAGGCUGGUUCUCAAUCUACGCAGGACUUAUUACACAAGCAUCAUACUCCCAACAACUGUGGAAGGCGAGACCCGCGUCAGCGCAAACAUUACUUUUCCACCUCGCCGUCAAAAUGGACUCAUGACCGAUGAAAUCUGUCUAGAGUCACCCAUAAUUGAUACUCAACCUGUCGAGAGGAGAACUCGACUAAACGUUCUCAGCGCGCAGUUUUUCAUAGGAUAUGGAGAAUUAGAGGUUCAAUCGACAACGCCACACAGUCAAGGUGAAUUUCCCGAUGUUUGGGAGCUCACAGGGGUGACCUGUGUCCAAAAUGAUAAUCACAUUGUCGAGCGAGACCUAGAGCAUUGUGAAGGAUAUGUUGAACCAGCUCUGCUUUCUGGGUUGCCAGACAGGAGACGAGGGUUAGAUUGA